AUGAAGCGUUGGCACAGCAGCAACAUCAUGGACAACUCAUUCGAUAAUUUCGAGAGCCAGGAUGAUAUGGCAGACAAUUCAAUCGACGACAAUGGCAAUGAGGAUGAUCCUCUUCCGGCCAAGGGCAAGGACUUUGUGUCUCAGAGCCAUCAGAACUCCGCAGUCAAUGAUACGAGCUACAACCAGCCUCCGUCUGAUACCUCAGCCGAUAAGGUCACGGCGCUGCUGAUGCUAGAGUCACGCGUCGCGCAGAUGGAGGAGACUUGCAAUCAGCUCAAGAAAGACAUGACUCGAUUCCAGCUCAAGACAAAUGCCGUAUACUAUCAUCGUAUGGCGAUGAGCCGAGUGAGUUCAGUUGAAGGACGCCAAAUGAGAACGGAGAGAAACGUCGAGCGCAUAGAUGAAGGCCGACAACAGACGGAGGCCACCCAACAGCAAGUGCAGGUCACUCAGGCCGCUCAAGACAAGCACAUCCAAUACCUUAUUGCCUGUGAGGACGCCCGCGACGCCUCCAAGCACGGAAGUAAUGCCUCUGAGGACGAACACUACCAGCGACACAAGGAGCUUCAGGACAGAUGCGACGAGCUGACGAUGAAGAAUAUGCGAUACGAUGAGAUUUUCAUUUCUCAGGCAACCCGCAACCAGAGAAUGGAUGCCCUGGGACAGAAUCUGGCUAUUUGUACUGUUCUCAUCGUUGUUGUCAUUGCCAUUGUGGGCUAUGCUGUUUUCUCGUCUUGGGACUGA